CUGGCUCGCGUGCUUUCAGGAACAUGCAGAACACCGGAGGCUGUUCGGGGAUCGUCAUCAGUCCUGCAACGAGAAGUCACGCGCAUUCUGUUCACACUAGCAUCUUUCACCUCUUCUGUCUUACCGAGGAAACAGCACACGUUACAGAGGGAGACGCACUUUUCAAAGCGUUUGGCCAUUGCAUUUUUCAGAGGGACGUAAAAACAGUGGAUACGUGGACAUGGUAAAGUGCACUCCAGUGUCUCUGGGCUCGCAUGUCUCGUGUGCUAGUUCCGUCCAAGACCGGUUGUAUUAGAUGCUUGUUUAUGAAAGACUUUAAUGCACAUUAUCACCAAUGCUUCACCUUGUUGUUGACAAAGGCGACGUGCUUUUUUUCCGCAAUGAUGUCCUUGUCUUUGUAGCCAACGAGCAGUUGGUGUUUUGAAAGGUUUCUCUAUGCUGGCUUCAUUUAUGCAUCUCAAAAUUUGUCAAGGAAGAGGAUGAAAAAUAAUGACUGACAAUUGAAGCACUACCUCAUGAGAAGAUCCUCUUUUAUUAUCCUGAUUUUGGACGCUACAGGUCCAUCCAAAUACACAGAAGUGGUGAAUAUAAUUAAAACUUCUUGAUCUUUUUCUUUCGAACCUGUUUGCAAAGACUGACUUGGAGCAUCCUUCAUCAUUGCAUCCCUUUCCAUUCUCUCUUUGGAAAGAGAGAAAACAGGAGCAGACUCUCAGGUUGUGGACACCACGGCAGUAACUGUGGGAGCACAUCCAAAGACAAUGGUCCACUGUGCGGGCUGCGAGAGGCCUAUAUUGGACAGGUUUCUCCUUAAUGUUCUGGACAGAGCAUGGCACAUCAAGUGCGUACAAUGCUGCGAGUGCAAAUGUAACCUAACAGAAAAAUGCUUCUCUCGAGAAGGAAAACUGUAUUGCAAAAACGACUUCUUUAGGCGCUUUGGAACAAAAUGCGCGGGUUGCGCUCAGGGGAUCUCGCCGAAUGACUUGGUCCGGAGGGCACGGAGCAAAGUGUUUCAUCUGAACUGCUUCACAUGCAUGAUGUGUAACAAGCAACUAUCCACGGGGGAGGAAUUGUACAUCAUAGACGAAAAUAAAUUUGUCUGUAAAGACGACUAUUUAAGCAGCACGAACGGAAAAGACACCAAUCUCCUUUCAGUCUCUAACACUUCUCUGGUCCCCAUGUCUAAUUCUGAGGUUUUUAUUUCGACCCACUUUUUCCGACGGCCCUUCUUUCCACAUUCAGUUACAGCUUGCAGUGAUCCUAGUUUAUCACCAGAUUCGCAAGACCAGCUGCAGGACGAUGUCAAGGAUGGGGAAAUUGCGAACUUAUCGGACAAAGAAGCGGGUAACAAUGAAAACGAUGACCAGAACCUCGGAGGCAAACGGAGAGGACCGCGUACCACCAUUAAAGCAAAGCAACUGGAGACACUGAAAGCGGCGUUUGCGGCGACCCCCAAACCAACCAGACACAUCAGGGAGCAACUGGCGCAGGAAACGGGGCUCAACAUGCGAGUUAUUCAGGUAUGGUUUCAGAACCGGCGGUCCAAAGAGCGGCGCAUGAAACAGCUGAGCGCGCUCGGCGCGAGGAGACACGCGUUCUUCCGGAGCCCGAGAAGAAUGCGAACGCUAGUGGACAGACUCGAGCCUGGAGAAUUAAUUCCGAACGGCCCGUUUUCAUACUAUGGAGAUUAUCAAAGCGAGUACUACGGUCCAGGAGGGAAUUACGACUUCUUUCCCCAAGGCCCCCCAUCUUCGCAGGCCCAGACUCCUGUAGAUCUUCCUUUUGUUCCAUCGUCAGGACCCACCGGUACCCCGCUAGGGGGCAUGGACCAUCCUAUCCCAGGCCACCAUCCGUCCAGUGAAGUACAGCGCUUUUCAGACAUCAUGUCUCACCAUCCAGGAGACUCACCUAGUCCAGAGCCAGGGAUACCUGGACCCCUGCACAGUAUGUCCACAGAUGUUUUUGGACCCAGUCCGUCCUUUACAUCCCUCUCCCUCAACGGCAGCGGAUACAGCAACCACCUCUCCCACCCUCCGUCAGAAAUGAACGAGGGCACGGUCUGGUAGCUUCUGUGAAUGGACAUUUCGGCAGAGAGAAAUUAUGAUAAACAGAGGAAGGAGGGAGGGUGGGAACAGGGACACUGGCCGCACAUUCUGGUUCUCGUUUUUGUCUUUUUUUCCCCCCAUUUUUCCAUGUCAGAAAUGUGGUGGGACAGCUCACAGAGAGAGCAGCAGAGGGCAGCAUGGGCAUUGACAUUUACCUUCUUGAACUCGUUGUAUUGAUGUUCCGUUUCCUUCUUCCUUUCUUCAUCCCAAGUCCGAACUCAAGAAGAGAAAGAAUUGAUACGGUUGAUCUGGGCGCUGUAUGAACUGAGGUAUGAGGCCCUGCGUAGCAGCGUCCCUCCAGAAGCUCAACGCUUGUACCACCGGUUAAACUGCCGCUCUAAAAACAGCGAUUGCGACACAUUAACAGCAUCAGCUACCGUCAAAGACUUGUCAGCUUUACAGAGAAACACCCAAGGCGGCUGAUCUAACGCUAACCUGCAAUGUUGACUCCAGGAAAGAUCUAAGCCGUCAGACUAAUUUAUUUAUUUGAAAACUCCUCAGACCUCCUUGCCUUUCAAGGCUCUGCCAUACUGACACUUAAACAACCUUUUCAACACUAAAUAUGUUUCUGAAGGCCAGGGAGAAAAAGCUUUUUUCCCUCUUGUUCUGGACAUAUCCUGUUUUUUUUCUUUUUCUUUUUUUUUUCAAGAAUUCCACCAAAUCUGAAGAAGUUAGCCUUCAAAAGGCAAGGUGUUAACAUGUGUAUGGCUGGUGAACCCUUUAUUUAAUGGAAGAGAACUUGAAAUGUUGAUAAAUGAAGUCUACCUUCUAAAAUUAUUUUAAAAAGGGUCUGAAAGGGACAAAGAACAGUCAACUGUUUACGUAAUAUAUUUAAUUCAGGAGUUAAAAGUAUCAACCAUGAUUUAGAACCUCUUGAUCCAGAAAAAAUGUUCCAAGCAACCAACCAAACUUUUGUAUUGAUUAUUGAUUUUAUUUAUAUUGUAUGAUGAAAACAAGUUUGCUGGGGUUGUGGUUCACUGUGCUAGUUUGUACAAAAUGUUGUUUACAAAAAAAAAAAAAACCUGGAAAAAAAGAAACAAGUAGACAGUUGCCAAAUAAAAACAUAGCACAAAUACUGUAAAAGUGCUUUGCACCAUUAUCUGCAGAACGUGUUUAAACAAAGUGUAAGUGUUUAAAAAACAAUGAGAAGUAUUGACUUCUUCAUUUUUUUUAGUCUGCUGAAAAAAACAUUCAUAAAUUGUUAAUAUAACAUACUUAGACCUACAAGUUUUAUUUUUGUGUCUUUAAAGGAAAAUCCAAACUAUUGAAAUUGAUGGUCAAAUGUGCAGCAAGCAGCUGCUACUUUCUUUAAAUAUCAAAUUCUCAUGGUAUGUCUUUUAUUGUUCUAAUAAACCUAAGCUUACGUGA